AACAUAUUCGCCGAUAUAUUAUAUAGCUUUCCAGUCAAGUAACUUAGUCUAAUUUGUGUUGUAUUCGAAAUGGCCUGUAAUGAUAUUUACUUUUGGCGGCAGUGCCUCAUUCUUAUUACCAUGGGUAUUAGUGAUAUGGGAAUGGGAUUUCUUCUAAGUUUUCCAGCAGCCUUAAACGCUGCAUUAUUAUCUGCCAAUUCAACCGAUAUUACAGCAACGCCUGACCAAGUUUCAUGGCUAACUUCACUUUACGGGAUGUCGGGUAUGAUUGGGUUUUUAUUCAUACCAUCAUUAAUGCAAAGUCGAGGAAGAAAAUUAACCCAUAUACUACUAAAUAUUUUCACGGGUCUCGGAUUUUUUCUUACUUAUUUAGCAAAUAGCAUUACCAUGCUUUUUAUUGGAAGACUACUGCAGGGCUUAUCUGCGACUGGAAUUACACUCACAGUUAUAAUAUUAGCUGAAUAUUCUCAUCCAAAACGUAGAGGCUAUUUUCUGGCAGCCCAAGGUAUGUUUUUGUGUGCUGGGUCACUGAUGUGUCACGCCUUAUCUGCCUUUUACGCUUGGAGGAAUAUUGCUGCAGUAGCAAUGCUAUUUUUACUUACAGCCAUAAUUCUAGCAUUCACAUGGCCUGAAAGUCCACCAUUUUUAGCCAAGAAAAGACAAUUUGAAGAAUGUGAUAGGGUACAUACGUGGCUAUUUGGUAAUUCGAAAGAAAGCAGAGGUCAUUUAGAAGCGUUAAUUUCUGCACAGUCGAAACAAAACAUUGGAUGUAGAAAUAGUUUUUUUAGCAAUAUUAAAGAAAUUUUUACUGCAUUUGGGAAAGGAUAUUUCUUGCGAUCUGUUAUCGUAGUAAUUGUAUUAACAUUAAUUGUUGAUGCUUCUGGAAGAUACUUUAUUUUAGUUUAUCUUAGUCAAAUGUUUGUUGAUAUAACUGGUAAUGCAUCAAUUGCUUUCUAUUGUUCCCUAGGUGUAGACAUCACUAUGAUGAUUUCUUCAUUGUUAUUUAUCGUAAUUAUACAUUUAUUUAACAGAAAAACUAUUUUGUUUGUGACAGGCUUUAUCACAACUUUUUUGUUAUAUGUUGUAAGUUUAACAGUUCAUUUAGUAGCAUCAAAUGAUCAAUCUAUACUGUCAGUUUGGUUGGCGCCAGGCUUAAUAAUACUUAGUACUUUUGUAGCUAAUAUCGGAAUAGUACCAGUAGCGUUUAUAAUUAUUGGUGAAAUAUUUCCUUUAGAACACAGGGGCUUAGGAGGGUCAAUUGGAGGAAUUGUUUUCACAAUUUUAUACGCUAUUACCAUGAAAUUUAUCCCGUCAUUAUUAGAAUAUAUAGGCACUCAAGGAGCAUUUGCUGUUUUUGCAUCUUGCAUGCUAGUAUGCUUAGUGAUAUUGAUAUAUACUCUAAACGAAACGAAAGAUAAAAGUCUGCAAGAAAUAGAGGAUGAAAUGAAGGGUAUUAAGAGAACUCAAAUUAUUCUAAUGACAGAAGAGGGUGUUGCAAAUACCUAAAUUUAAAUAAUGAAAUCGAAGUCUUAUGAUCAUAAAUAUAAAUAGGAGAAAAUAUAAUUAAAAAGAAAUUUAAGAAUCUAAAUAUUAAUCUAAAUGAUAUCUAGUUGAUAUCCUUGUGACGACCACAUGCUAAGCUGCAUAAACGGGAGAUGGUAGAGCCGAAACACCAACAACCGUAUAAAGUAUUGCAGAUGGUAAGUACAUCGUUACACCACCUCCUGUUACGAAUGAGCCCGGAUUGAGGUAUUAAAACAGCAUAAAUUUUGUCGAUUCAAAAGACGUUAGUAUGUCAGGGAAGUAUGACGGAUGACUUUGAUGGUAUAUGUGUACUGCAUUGAAGCUUUUUGUAUCUUUAUACUAAAUAUCGGCGAAGUGUAAUAGAACUGAAUUCAUAAAUACUCUUUACUUAAAUCAAGAUUCAUUAAAUUUGUUAAUAUCUACUAUCAAUUUAGCUUGAACAAGAUAUGAAAAAAUGUGAUUAGUGUUCAUUAUAUUUUUGUAAAUUUUUAUCUUGUUCAAGUUUGAAAGAGAAGAUUGGUAGUUUUCCCUACCGUACUUAUGAAUUCUAUCAUCAUUUCCGCUGCUUCUUUUGUAUAACUUAGUUUUAUCUUUAUUGUUGUUUAUUUUCUUUAUUUUACUAACUGUUUUGUUAAGUUUAUUUAUAGUUUUGGCGUUAGAAAUUGUACAAAUAUAUUAAACAACUAUGAUAAAAUAUAAAAAAUAAUUCUUUGUAUUGAUUUCAAGGUUAUGAAAUAGAAAAGUAUAAAAAAUUAAGUGUAAUAUUUAUUAAUGUUAAUAGAUAAUAUAUUUAAAUAAAACACAUUGAUCAAGUACUUUAUUACAAUUGUCGUAACAUAAAUUAUGAACAGUCGUUAUUAAUAAUGUUUCAUUAAACAUGCAAUCCUAUAAUUACCUUACGGUGCUUACAAUAAAAAAACUAGCCUCAAUAAUUGUAUAUACAUUUAUAUAUUGUAAAUAAAAUAGUGUGAAACAUUAUUACCUGUUUACCAAUACUAUUUAACAUGGCAUAGUUUUGUUAUUUUUGUAAAGAAAACUGUAUUAUGUUUGUAAUAAAUUAAAAAUUGCUUCUUAUUCUGUAUUAAAACUAUGGCGAUCUUGUGCGAGAGAGGUAACCUAGCUCCGCUCGAUUUCUCAAGGCCGCUGGUUCAGUCCCCAGCUUUAAAUGAAGCCCGUAAUAGCCGUGAAAUCCCCGGCACUUGGCUUUUUGGUCACGAGAAUAACAUACGUAAAAUCCGAUGAUCAUCAGAUUGGAAUUAUUUAUCAUCAGAUGACCCGUAUAAUAAUAUCAUCAAAAAAGUUGCAUAAAGCGUUUGUGGAAAAGCAAUCAGACAUGUACCCCAGGCCUUCUACAACAUAUUACGUUACUUGGAAUUUAUGAGUAAGACUACUUGCUUUUUUAGGUCAACAUAGAUAUAAUUCUCUCAUACUCUCUCGAAUUGAAACCAGUUAAUUAAAACACACACAAAAUUGUGAAUUUCACGUAUUAUUUUAUGAGGAGUACAAAUGAGCGUAUGUAUCACUGAGCGUUAAGUGAUCACCGCCCCCCACACAUUCGUGCAAUAUCAGAGGAAUAAAAGUGGCCCGAAUUAGACAUUGGAGAGAUACUAACUAAGAAAAUUGGUUUCCAUUGUCAGAUUGUCACGUAAACAUAUUUUAAGAGUGCGAAAUUGCUGUAUAAGUUAAGUAGGUAAGACUGCUCACUAAACAUAAAAUAAUAGAAUGACAGUACAAAGAUUCAACACAAGAAAAUGUUACGGAUGCCUUUCUCAGAUCUGUUGCUGUAAGGCUGACAAUUACGAGUACUUAUUUGUUGAACAACCGAGAUGUCAAGUUAAUUAAGAUCCCUCGUUGGAAAAAAUAUUCAAUAUCACCCGUUUCUACUAUAAUGAAGUCAUAUAAUAUAGUUAAUGAAGUAGUUAUCUUAAUUGGGUAAUUUGACAUGCAAUUAUACCAAUAUAUCAGCAGUUUUUUAUUUUAUCUGCAGUAAUACGUGUAAUUGCUUCUUGAAAAAGUAACUUAAAAAGAUUAUAGUCGUUUGGUUAAAUUUUUCACUAUUAUUGUUUGGUUUCUACAAUAUAAGCAUAUAAUAUUAUGUAUAACUUUGACAUGCCUCAUCUUUUUAAAUCUAAAUGAAUUUGUAGUAGGAAUUUUUGAGUUUGGAUCCAAUUCAGUAUUCUUACUUCCAUUGAACUGCUUUUUUCACAUAUCGAGAGAGAGCACUAAGGCUCAUAAGCGUGAGGCUUCGUUUAUGAGGCGUGCAAUAUUAUAUUAAAUAACUGUAAUUUUAAAACCCAUGAAGUAGUUUCUGGUAACAGGAUCACCCGGCCACAAUAAUUAGCGCUCGUUCACGAGCAUGAACCAUCCAUCGCCUCCCUCAACCCUUUAGGAAAGAAAACGACCCGCCCCACAACGCCGCCACAAGCAUAUCAGUAUAUCCGCUAUAGUCAGUUGCACAAAUUUUUUAAUACAAAUAAAUGAUAUAUCAGAGAGUCAUACAUCUUUGUGCCGUUUGGUGUCGAGACACUUGGCCCGUGGGGCCCAGAGGCGCGGAGAAUGUUCAAAAUACUAUCUUCGCGCCUCAAUAAGGCUACUGGAAGCCGCUGGCAGCUAUUUCGGUCAACGGAUCAGCCUUGCUAUCCAACGCGGUAAUGCUGCCAGUAUUCUUGGCACGCUUCCACGUAAUGAUAGUUUUAAUUUUAUGUAGUCGUAGUAUUGUAUAUAUAGUUAUAAGAUUUGUUUUGUUUGAAUAAUAAAUAUAAGAAAUGAUAUUUAUAUAAACAA